AUGUACUCCAGAAGGCAAGGAAACCGAAACAGAAUGCUUUACAAAGAAGCCGAAAAGGACCUGGCAGACUUGAGAGCCGAAGUCGAAACGGAGGAACAGAUGAAAGAGAUGUUGGAUAUAUCUAUAGCGGAAUUGCAAGAGACUUUACUGACACUGGAACAAGAUCUUGAAAAUGCAGAUAUUGGAGAAGAAGACGAAUGGAAAGUGCGAUAUUAUACACAAAUGGAAGUGAAUAAUCAAUUGCAACAACAGAAAGAUUGGUUGAAAAGCAAAGUGGAGACGUCGAGAAACCAAAGCCACGAAGGUGUUACAGCUCUUUUAGCCGAUCUCGAUUUGGAUAGUUUAAGUGAGAACCAACUCCUACGUUAUCUCCGACAAUUGGAGAAAGAUCGUAACGCUUUAUAUAACGAAUUACGUGAUACAGAAUGGAAACUGGAUAAGGAAUCCAAGACGUUUCAUAAGUAUAACGAUACGCGUAACGCUUACAUGACCGAGAUUACGGAGGUUAUGAUGAAUCUGGAAGCCAUGAGGAACAGACUGAAGAGUGUCGAAUCUGCCGAAACUGGUUCGCUUCAAAAAUGCCCGAGACAUUUAAAAUAUCUGAAUAUAUUACCUGAUCAACGAGUAAUCGACCCGAAGAAGGGGCCAAUUAAAAAAAUAGCAACCGUAAGAAGUUUGCCAAAAUUGGACUCUACUCCAGACGAAGAUUUCGAAGAAGCAGAAGAAGAAGUUGGAGAAGAAGAAAAUAACGAACCAGAAGCAUAG